ACAGUUUCGGAGUGGUUAAGAAAAUGUGAUCACUUCCCACAAUUCCCAUCAGUUGGAUUCUCAGACGUUGAUGUUCCUUACUCUCUUUUGCCUUGUCAAAAGGCUAAAACACACACAAUUCUUUCCUUCCGAUCCAACAGAGAGAAAUACAAGGGCGAAAGAGAGAGAGAGAGAGAGAGAGAGAGAGAGAGCGAAGGCGGAAAAUAGGCGAUAGAACUUCAUUCCAGACGCAUUCCAUUUGUAACACUUUUUCUCAAACACCUUGCGGACAAAAUUUUCCAAGCUCCUUCUUCCUCCUCCUCCUCCUCCCCUCCUUUGCAUCUUAGAUUUUGUUUCCCCAUUUUGCACUAGAGACAAAAAGGGUUUCCACUCCCCCAGAGCAUUAUUCAUUCAUUCGCUCCCCCUUCCUGGAAAUUCCAUUUUUAAUUUAUGCUUGGAAAAAUUCGAUCUUUCCCCGUUUAGCUCAAUCUCUUGAUCUUAGCAAGCAAAACCCGGAGGAGAAAAAAGCUUGUCGAUUCUCGGGUUGUUUUACUGUGGGGGAAGGAAAUAUGAUGCAGAUGCGAAGACCGCCACGGGUUUCGAUGAGUCGCUGCUUAGGGGUUUUCUUAUUUAUUGGGUGCUUUCUGGUGCCGGCUUCUCUGGCGAGAUUCAUCGUCGAGAAGAACAGCCUGAGAGUGACAUCGCCGGAGAAGAUAAAGGGCACCUAUGACACUGCGAUAGGCAAUUUCGGGAUACCGAAAUAUGGGGGUAGCAUGGCGGGUGUUGUGGUGUACCCAAAGGACAACAAGAACGGCUGCAGGGAAUUUGCGGACUUUGGGAUUUCUUUCAAGUCCAAGGCUGGAGCCUUGCCCACUUUCGUUUUGGUGGAUCGUGGAGAUUGCUUCUUUGCGCUUAAGGUUUGGAAUGUUCAGAAAGCAGGGGCUUCGGCUGUCUUGGUUGCUGAUGACAUUGAUGAAGCAUUGAUAACCAUGGACACACCUCAAGAAGAUGGUUCAUCGGCAAAAUAUGUUGAGAACAUAACAAUACCUUCUGCUCUUAUUGAGAAAAGCUUCAGCGACAUACUGAAGAAAUCACUGAGCAAUGGUGAUAUGGUGAAUGUAAAUCUUGAUUGGAGAGAAGCUGUUCCUCAUCCUGAUGAUCGAGUGGAAUACGAGUUGUGGACCAACAGUAAUGACGAAUGUGGUGUCAAAUGUGAUAUGUUGAUGGAGUUUGUGAAGGAUUUCAAGGGUCCAGCUCAGAUACUUGAGAGAGGCGGGUACACUCAGUUCACUCCUCAUUACAUAACGUGGUACUGCCCACAGGCAUUUACGUUGAGCAGACAGUGCAAGUCACAAUGUAUAAAUCAUGGGAGAUAUUGUGCUCCUGAUCCUGAACAGGAUUUCAGUAUUGGCUAUGAAGGGAAAGAUGUCGUUCUCGAGAACUUAAGGCAACUGUGUGUUUAUAAAGUAGCAAAUGAGACUCAUAGACCCUGGACAUGGUGGGACUAUGUAACCGAUUUCCAGAUCAGAUGUCCAAUGAAAGAGAAGAAGUACAACAAGGAGUGUUCUGAUAGUGUUAUUAGAUCUCUUGGACUUGAUAUGAAAAAGAUUGAGAAGUGUAUGGGAGAUCCAGAUGCUGAUUCUGAUAAUCCUGUUUUGAAAGAAGAGCAAGAUGCCCAGGUUGGCAAAGGAACUAGGGGUGAUGUAACUAUACUGCCUACUCUUGUUGUCAACAAUCGACAAUAUCGAGGAAAGCUGGCGAAAGGUGCUGUUCUGAAAGCCAUAUGUUCUGGUUUUGAGGAAACAACUGAACCAGCUGUUUGCUUGACUGGCGAUGUUGAGUCAAAUGAAUGCUUAGAGAAUAAUGGUGGUUGCUGGAAAGAUAAUGUUGCAAACAUCACUGCUUGCAAGGAUACAUUUCGUGGGAGGGUAUGUGAAUGCCCCCUUGUUGACGGUGUGCAGUUUAAAGGAGAUGGAUACAGUCACUGUGAAGGUAUUUCUUACUCCUGAUAUUUUUAUUGGCAUUGUUUAUUAUCUGCUAUAAUCAUUAUUCUGUAAUUUUGAAGACUGUAGAUCUAUGCUGGUUCACUUAAUUGGCUAUAAUUCUCUUGUGCAUGUGUGUCGAGUUUUAGUGGAACUUUGGAAGCAUCAGUGGCCCUUGUGAUGUAAUCAUAUUCAUAACUCUGUUGCACCUAAAACCCAAGGAAGGGUUUGUACAUUUACUUCCGUACUUUGUUUCAGUGAGUGGACCGGGAAGGUGCAAGAUAAACAAUGGUGGAUGUUGGCAUGAAUCUCGAGAAGGACAUGCAUUCUCUGCCUGUUUGGAUGUUGAUGGGGGUAAAUGUCAGUGUCCUUCUGGAUUUAAGGGCGAUGGCAAAAAUAGUUGUGAAGAUAUUGAUGAAUGCAAGGAAAAGAAAGCAUGUCAGUGUGCUGAAUGCAGCUGUAAGAAUACUUGGGGAAGUUACGACUGCAGUUGCAGUGGAGGUCUGCUUUAUAUUAGAGACCAUGAUACCUGUAUAGGUAAGGCAGCGGCUAGUAACGAAGUGAGAUCUGCAUGGGCUGCUGUUUGGGUAAUCUUUAUUGGCUUGGGAAUGGCUGCUGGUGGUGGAUAUCUCAUCUACAAGUACCGAUUGAGGUCGUACAUGGAUUCGGAGAUCAGGGCGAUAAUGGCACAGUACAUGCCUCUGGAGAGUCAAGCAGAAGUGCCGAAUCACCUCGGUGACCAACACGCUUGAAGAGUGUUGCAGAGGCGAUCGAGGUGAAUCCAUGGCGUCUAAUAGAUUACUCGGGAAACUAUUUGAGACCAACCAACCAGGGGGCAAUGUGUGGUUUUAUACGCUGAGAGCCCUUGUAUGUUCAUCAGUCAACUCAAGGAACGAAUAUUGGGUGUCUGUAAUGUUGACAAAUAAAGGGAAUGGUGAUGUCACAAAGUUGUUGCUGUUGUUUGUUAGUAGUAGUAGUAACUAGUAAGUAGUAGACAUGUAACAACGUUUGCUAUUAGGGGGAUUGGGAGAGACUAACUCGGAUUUUGUUUUUGUUUAUUUCCCCUUUGACGAGUUUUUUUUUUUUUACCUUUCUGCCGUCUCCAUAACCCAGUCAGUCUGCAUUUUAUCAUAUGGUGAUAUUACUGUAAUCCACUUUCCUUACCUUUCGUGUAGAGCAGAAGAGCUGAUAGCAAUACUAUUAUGAAAUAAGCUGACUACAUAUUACUCA